AUGUGCAAAAUUAAUACUCCUCUGCUAUGACACAGCCCUGCAUUAUCAGCCGCAAACUAAAUCUUCACUCGUAUUUUGUAACAAUAAACCUUAUGUAUAAAUUCUCCCCGCCCAAACUGAUGAGAGUCACGAGGUAGCGCCAGUCUUUCACUUUCAACAAUUUUCCAUUUCCGAGCUACUGCACCAUGCGGGUUUCCCACUGUGCUAAAGUGUUAUUUUUCCUUUCUGUUAAUGGGGGCGUAUAUGCCAGUCCAACAUCUGGAACGACUGCAACACUGAGUGCUAGGAACUCCGCUUCGACGGCCUGUGGUGAUAUCGUUAACAAUGAAGGUAUGAAAGUACGAUAGCCACCGAGUUUCUCAACUGAUGAAAUAAAUAGACACUGUUAUAUUCAAUGCAAGUCUAGCAUUUGAAUGCCUCACUAGUGUCCCGUUCAAUCCUGCUGUCGCCUCCCGUUUUAUAUCAUAUUACAAUGACACUCUCCAAUUCCAGAGUACAUUGACGUAUCUGAAAAACCCGCCCACAAGUUAUCAGCAACCAGCCGUGGACCUCUUAGCAGGUCUGAAGCGAAUUCAAACCGCAAUAGACGAGGGAAUCUUUUCAAAUCAAUACGAGUUUGAAUCUACUCUACAGACUCUGAUUUACGCUGCGCAUGACGGCCAUGUCGACAUGUUAGCAGGAGCUUUGUCAGCUUUUAGUUUCGCUAGCCCAAGGGAUGUGGUAUCACUAUCGUUAGAUGGCCAGAAGAUUCCGAAGAUCUAUCUAGCCGAUGACCUCUUCGAUAGUGAAUUUUUCACAACUUUCCAACCUUCAGCAAUCAAGUCAAUUAACGGUAAAGAUGCCACCACUUAUCUUUCGGAUUUCGCAUCGGUAAAUUCAGCGGGCACACUUGAGGCUCAUGCAGAUUGGAACCAGUUGAUGCUAAGUGCGGCUCAAGAUAUUCAAGGAUUCUUCAAUGUAUUCAGUGGUGGUGCGACAUUUUACCCAGGUGAUAAUAUCACUUUCGUGCUAGAAAAUGGGACAUCUUGGACUGAGAAAUUUUUGGCGGUCUACGAUAGCGACGGUCCAACUGGUCCUCUUCAAACUGGAGGUGACUUUUAUAAUUUCUUCGUUUUAGGGUUCUAUCCUGCAUCAUACGAUCCGGAUGAUUCAGAAGAUGAUUCUGGUGAUGAUUCGAGUGAUGACUCUUUCAUUGUAUCUGCGACUCCUUCAGCCACGGCCGCCGUCUCUUCAAUAAAUCCAACCCCGACAGGAUGGGACAAUGCAGCCUACCCGGAGAUACCCGAUGUUGCACAAGAAGACCUUGGAACAUUUGGUGAUGGGGUUGUUUCUGGUAUGUGAUCCAAUCUUCUGCCAACCUUUAACUUCACUUCAAUAUAUGGUUACUAAUGGAAGAACAGGCUAUUUCCUCGAAUCUACAUCUGUCUCUGUUCUAAGUAUUCCAAGCUUCGAUGUUGAUGGUGACGCGGUCUUUAGCUUUCAGCAAACCAUUACCAAAUUUAUCAAUCAGACAAAAGCAGCUGGUCUCAAGAAGGUUGUGAUUGAUCUUCAGCAGAAUUAUGGUGGACAAUCACUGCUAGCUAUUGAUACAUUCAAACAAUUCUUUCCGAAUAUCGACCCGUUUGCUGGUUCUCGCAUGAGAGCCCAUGCCUCCGCUGAUGUUCUCGGCAAGACUUUAACGCCGUACUGGGAUAGUCUGGCGGAAGAUGAUGAGACAAAAUAUGUUUUGGCCGCUGAUGAAUGGGUUGUUACUGAUCGGAUCAAUGCGGACACUAAUCGCAACUUCACUAAUUGGGGUGAAUUUUUCGGACCUAAUUUAUACAAUGGUGAUAACUUCACUAACAUUGUAAGUUUAUGUUCUCAUCAAUUACUAAUACUGUCUCUCCAAGUGACACUGCUAACGAGAAUCAAUAGGAACGAUACAAUCUAUCUAAUGCUAUUUUUGAUGCCUCGGGCACCGGCCUAGAUGUCAGCGAUGAUUCUUUUGCAGUCUACGGCUAUGAUGCGAACCCUGCACCAUCUGGAGCCCAGCCACCAUUUGCAGCGGAAGAUAUAAUUAUUGUAAGUGACCUUCUUAAAUGAUGUAUGGUUUCACAAUCUAAUCAUGGUAGUUAUCGGACGGUAUUUGUCACUCUUCUUGUGCUCUUUUGAUGGAACUUUUCCGCCAUGAAGCAGGUGUGAAAGUUGUUGCAGUAGGUGGAACCCCAACAACAGGACCGAUGCAAGCCCCUGCGGGAUCUCGCGGCGCACGCGACUACGAUACCUUUACCCUUGAUGCCAACAUCGAUUUCACUCAACAACUUUUACAAAAUCAGAGCUCACCAGAUGCGACAUUCCUUCCAAAUAGGACAGAGCAACUUAGCGUGUUUGUGUACUAUGCGGAUAUUAAUCUUCGUGAUCAAGUCCGCAAAAAUGAGGAAAUUCCACUACAAUUUGCUUAUGAAGCCGCAGAUUGCCGCAUCUACUAUACUCCACAAACCGUAUAUAACUAUACCAAUCUUUGGCAGUAUGCAGCCGAUGCCAUCUGGAAGAACUCAAGUCUGUGCGUCAAGGAUUCAACCGGCUAUUCUUCCACAUCGCAGAGCUUACCGAAUUUCGUUGGUCCAUCCGGAAGCCCCAAGACUCCCACCAACAUUACCAAUUAUCUUUCUUCCUUAACCACCUCCCCGAUUGCAAAUUUCAUCCUCCAAGCUCUCAACAACGGUCUCCCAGAUGUGAAUGAAGGAGCCUCUCGAAAUGCUCCCGCAUCCACAAAAGUCAUCAAAUGUACUAAGGAUGCAGACUGCCGAGGUGGGAAACUUUGUGUGAAUGCUCCCUCUUGUCUUGGUGGCGGUGCUGUAUCCCAGUGUUUGAGUAGAUGUCCCGCAGCAGGUCGACUAUGCUCUAGCACAAAAACCAAGUGUACAGCGCAUAGUACAAAUGGAAAGUUGGGGAAUCAAAAUAUUUACCAUAACAUUUGUCCUCCAGCAGGAAGUUUGGCAAAAUGUGGAAGUAAGAACCAGUUGAGUACGGUUAACCUUAAUCAGUGUGCUGAUUGUAGUAAGUAAUUGAGCUAAUGAUGGAAAUAAUAAUGGUUAAGGGCGCAAGACUAAGUAGUCUUGGGUGGAACGAUUAAGAAUAUUCGGGUAUCAUGAGUUCUGUUUUGUAGAUAUCGUAUUUAUACCCUCUAGCUAAAAAGCCAACAAUGAUGUCCGUAAGUCAUCUAGGGAUAGAAAAUAUUGGGGAUGAAUUUUGGAGCACUCAGAUUUCGGGUUGUAUAAUACUAGAAUAAUUACAUGAUUAUUCAAUUUUGGCAGGUGGCCAAGAGCAAUCUAAUUUUAGGACUUGUUUAAAAUCG